AUGUCGUUCAGAGUUCUGAUCGUCGGCGGCAGCAUUACUGGGCUGUCGCUCGCCGCAAUGCUCGAGCGCUACGGGAUCGACUAUAUCCUCGUCGAGAAACACGCGGAUGUCGCUCCUGAAAUCGGGGCAAGUAUCGGCCUUCUCGCUCACGGAUCUCGAAUACUCGACCAACUGGGCUGUCUUGAGGAACUACUCCCCUGGGGCUGUGGUGUUCAAGACUUCGUAACCACGGGACCGGACGGAAAGGCCCUGGUGAAACAUGCACACCUGGGGACGUAUCUAAACACCAUGCUCGGUUACACGAUCUUUUUCGUCGAGCGCCAACGAGUCCUUCGCGCCCUGUGGAAUGGCAUCAAAGAUAAAUCCAAGAUCCACCUUUCAACCGCGCUCUCGAAAAUCGAGCAUCUCGACGGAGGCGUACAAAUCGAGACCCAAGAUGGCCGAGUCUUCACCGGGAGCAUCGUGGUUGGCGCUGACGGAGUGCAUAGCGGGGUUCGGAAUGAGAUGUGGCGCCUGGCGGAAGCCGAUGGCAUUGAUAUUUCUGGUGAUCGGCGGGCGCAUGGCCUGACCCAAGUGAAGUUGACAGAGACCUUGAAGAAUGCCCGUCAGGACCGUCACUAUCUGAUCAUCGGCGCGCCAAACGAGCUCACGUUCUGGUUUCUCUUUUUCAAGAACAAGAAGAACUUGCCCUGGGACCGCCUUCGGUAUACCGACGAGGACAAGGAACAGUACGUGGCGGAGUUUGGCAACGACCAGGUCCGACCGGACCUGACCUUCGGCGAGAUGUAUCGGUCUUCGACGCGCACAGGCAUAGUGCCCGUGGAGGAGUUCGUACUGGGACGGUACCACUACAAGCGGGUUAUGCUACUAGGUGAUUCGAUACAUAGGAUGCACCCUGUUAGUGGUCAUGGAGGCAAUGCCGCCAUUGAAGACGCCGCGUCUUUUGCGAAUCGUCUGAAAGACGUCCUCGAAGGAAACCCGAACCCAACCUUCUCCCAACUGGAAGAAAUCUUUGAAGAAUUACAGAAAGAGCGAAUUCCCAGGAUGAAGCACUUGACCCGCAGCGCCGCGAAACUUGCAGGACUGGAAAUGUUCAGCACUCGUCUACUAAAGCUAAUAAUGCUGUAUUUGUACCCCUCAGUUCCGGUCGAGAAUAUCCUCGCCUCACUGGGCGAAUCGAUGACCCAGGGGGAGCCGUUGAAAUAUCUUCCUUUACCGAUGCGAUCGAAAAAGCUCGUUCCAUUUGAUGACGAGAUACAGCUUCACACAAAGAACCGGUCAUCUACGGCAUCGUAUGCAUGGACCUGCCUCUUCUUCCUGAUCGCAUCGCUUCGAUUUGCACUGCCGUCAAACGGAUUGCCAUUCUCAGACCAACCCGUCUUAUUGUCGGCAUGGCAGUCUUCUACGCACGCUUCAUACAUAGCCGUCAACGCGUUCUGGGCGAUCGAGUCCUACCGCUCGGCAUUCAGUCUAGGGCCUAUCGUCAGUCCGAUUCUGUGGAUCCUUUUCGCGCAGAUUUGCGGUUGGGAACUUGCACUCCCCUUUUACUUUGCCAGUUGGGUAAACGGCAGCUAUUCUCGAGGGUUUUACCACCCAUGGCCCCGCGCCAUUCUUCCUGCUGGCGCGCAGGCUCUCCCGCUCGUAGUAGCCGUUGCAGCACCUGCCCCGACACUGAUCUCAGAUUUUCUCGCGGGGAUCCCGCAGUUGGCCUGGUUUAACUCACUGACUCUCGUGCAUCUCAUCAUCCCGGUGGGCGGCUAUCUUAUUGACACAUUCCUCACGCGUCGCCAUGGCCUAAGGUGGGAGCCAUUUUAUCAGUUCGGCGACUGGGACAUGACAUACCUCACCUGUUUCUUCUCCUUGACUUUUCUCGUUGCAGCCUACAGGCACAUCAGCUUUAUCCUGGCCCAUGUCAUUCCUCUCGUGAACCACGGCCACGGCCUGCUUCUGUUACGCUCUCCGGAACUCGUCAACUUUGGCGUCUUUUCACUUCUCAUCGCCGCCUUUGUACAGUUCACCGCAUGGGAUCUGCGCAGAGUCAACGUUCUCCGUACGAAUCUCGCUUUAGCUGCCUUGGUGAUAUCGGUUGCCAUCAUUGUUCUUGGUCCCGGUGCGACGCUGAUCGGCACUUGGUGGUGGCGGGAAAAGGCCUGGGAGAAAGCUCGACGUAGACGGUCCGAUGAACGGUACGAGAGUGUCAAGGGCGGCGUUGCUUGA